CCCGCACCGGGCGCCCACCCGCGCUCCUCGGGCGGGAACGCUGUCCGCGGCGGCGGCCGGAGUGGGCCGGGCCGGGGAUGGCGCUGCAGGACCUGGCCCAGCAGGGAAUGGCCGUGUUCGGGUUGGUCCUCUUCUUGGUGUUGUGGCUGAUGCAUUUCAUGGCCAUCAUCUACACCCGAUUACACCUCAACAAGAAGGCAACAGACAAACAGCCAUAUAGCAAGCUCCCGGGUGUGUCGCUGCUGAAACCACUGAAAGGGGUAGACCCUAAUCUAAUCAACAACUUGGAGACAUUCUUUGAAUUGGAUUAUCCCAAAUAUGAAGUACUCCUUUGUGUACAAGAUCAUGACGAUCCAGCCAUCGAUGUGUGUAAGAAGCUUCUUGGAAAAUAUCCAAAUGUCGACGCUAGAUUAUUCAUAGGUGGCAAAAAGGUUGGCAUUAAUCCUAAAAUUAACAAUUUAAUGCCAGGAUAUGAAGUUGCAAAGUAUGAUCUUAUAUGGAUUUGUGAUAGUGGAAUAAGAGUAAUUCCAGACACACUAACUGACAUGGUUAAUCAAAUGACAGAAAAAGUAGGCUUGGUUCAUGGGCUGCCUUACGUAGCAGACAGACAGGGCUUUGCCGCUACGUUAGAACAGGUGUAUUUUGGAACUUCGCAUCCAAGGUCCUAUAUCUCUGCCAAUGUAACUGGUUUCAAAUGUGUGACAGGAAUGUCUUGUUUAAUGAGAAAGGAUGUGUUAGAUCAAGCAGGAGGGCUUAUAGCUUUUGCUCAGUACAUUGCUGAAGAUUACUUUAUGGCCAAAGCAAUAGCUGACCGAGGUUGGAGGUUUGCAAUGUCCACUCAAGUUGCAAUGCAAAACUCUGGUUCGUACUCAAUUUCUCAGUUUCAGUCCAGAAUGAUCAGGUGGACCAAAUUGCGGAUUAACAUGCUUCCUGCUACAAUAAUUUGUGAGCCAAUUUCAGAAUGUUUUGUUGCCAGUUUAAUCAUUGGAUGGGCAGCCCACCACGUAUUCAGAUGGGAUAUCAUGGUAUUUUUCAUGUGUCAUUGCCUGGCAUGGUUUAUAUUUGACUACAUUCAACUCAGGGGUGUCCAGGGUGGCACGCUGUGUUUUUCAAAACUUGAUUAUGCAGUUGCUUGGUUCAUCCGUGAAUCCAUGACAAUAUACAUUUUUUUGUCGGCAUUAUGGGACCCUACUAUAAGCUGGAGAACUGGUCGCUAUAGAUUGCGCUGUGGAGGUACUGCAGAAGAAAUCCUAGAUGUAUAACCAUGGCUUUGUGACUGUACAUAGAGGGAAAAAAAAGUAUUAUAAAUUAUGUUUGUAUAAAUGCUUUUAAAGAUCUACCUUCAGUAGUUUUUAUCACAUGUAUGUUUUGGUAUCUGUCCUUUAAUUUAUUUUGCAUGGCACGUGCAUCUGUGAAAAAAAAAAACAAAACACAUCUGUAGUCUUGGCCAAAUGAAACACUUUAUUUUGUGGAAGUAGAGAAUCAAGAUUGGUUCUAGGAACCCAGGUUUUUUUUUUUAUUGUUUAUUUUUUUAAACAAAUAAAUAUAUAUAUAUAUAUACAUUAAUGCUCUGCAGCAAACACUAUGACAGUAUCCUUCAGUAGAGAAAGUUUCUUAUUUGUGGGUACACUCUUUUAGGAUAUGUACGGGUGGGAGGACUAUAGCGGCAGCUUUAUUUGAGGUAGAAAAGAUAGAAGGUUGUGACCAUUCCUGUCUCCAGUGGAUGGUGUUAUGCAUUGAACAGCCCACCAUGAGGUACUAACUGAGAAACUUUUUCAUGCUUUAUGCCUACCUCUUGUAGUUGUUGCAGAACAAAUAUAAAUUGUAAUAAGGUAGCUAGGCCUUGCAAAAACAAAUGGGAAAACUUUUAAAAAAUAAUAAUAGAGCUGGAAUCUAGUAUUUAUAUGACUCUGUGAGAGAUAUUUUUUUGGUCUCACUGCAAUGAACCAAAAGUGGCCGAGUUUGGUUUUUAAUUGUAGCCAUGUAUUGAAGGCAUCUUUCUGACCAACUCUUGUUGGUUCUGUCCUGAACCAUUGUUAAUCACUGUGCUGUAAUUAGUGUAGCUCAAUCUUUCCUUCCCCGCUCUUUGCCCAGCCCCCACCCCAUCUUUCCUUCAGUUUUUUUCAGGGGGGGUAUUGGGGAUGAUUUUGUUUUAGUGUGAGUGGAUGUUUUGAUAGUUGUAAGGAAAAAUGCAUUUCAGACACAUUUCACAUGAGCUAUUUUCUUACACAGUAUGUCUUAUUGUUAAUAAGAAUGUAAUUUCAUGAUACAGGUAUUUAAUAUCUUUUUUAAGUAAGUAAAUAUUCUAGCCAUCAAUAAAUAAAUUGUAGAGUAUUGAGAGGGGACAGGAUGAGUUUUUCUCUUCAAACCAAUCAGUAUCAAACUAAGUCUACUGUGUGUGUUUUUUUUCCCAUGGUAGUCUAGUCUUAUUUAAAUUGGAUUUUUGUAUUCCAGUUUGUAUGACACAAUAGACUAGAUUGGCAGUAGUUGUAAAUGCAUGCUGCACCUCACUCCUCUCCCUGUCAUGUGGCUAAACUUGCUUGUCAGGUUGUGCUUACCUUGUGGUGAACUGGACUCGUUUUUGUUUUAUUUUGUUUAGAACAAAAAAAUAAGCAGAAAUGUAAGGGACAGUGCAAAAGCCUUUCUUUCUCUGUUUUUUGUUUCUGUUUUCGCCUUUUCUUCAGGAUUUGGUGGCGUGUUGUCCAUACGAAGUCUAGUGCAGGCCUAACACUGGUGGUGUGGCAGCUUCACUUUCUAAGUCAUUUUCCAUGUCAGAGCAUAAUGCGUAGCAUAUUAGCAAUAACUUCCUAUGGAUAGAAAACACUUUCACUUUACUGAGCCAAUUCACUGACUUGUCUAACGACUAUGUACAUGAUUUAAGUUGCAAUGUAUCUGUAAGUGUGUAUCUCUGGGUAUACACAUUUGAAGUUUUUCUCUGGGCCAAACUGCGCUUUUUUCCUCCCCUUUCCUCUUUUUUGCCUUAUGAUGAAUUUGUUUGAAGGGCAUUUUUUUUUUUUUUCAUAAACAAAGGCUUGGAUGCAAAUUCCUUUCUUUAUGUGAAAUGGGUAGUUUUGUUCCCUGAGGAAAGUUGCACAGUGAAAACCAGUCUGGUUGUGACCCACUAUGUCCUUAUUCUUUUAAAUCAGUCUUACAUGAGUUGAAUUUUGCUGAUCAUGUUUGAAUUCGUUGUUUUUCUUUUCAAUGAAGUUUGGUUGAUGCCAUCCUUUGCACUGCUGAAGUGAAAUUUUGCUUAUUACCUAGCUUUUUUGCUGAUCUCAGCAUGGGCAAAGUAACAACAAAACCAAAAUGGCUGGACAGACUUCCUGUGUUUUGUAAAUAUUGAAAAACAAUGACUGUUCUGUAUGUGUGUUUUAUGUGGUAGUGGAUUAUUUCCUUAAAGUGAAGCUUCACAUAAGCAGACAGAGUGAUUCUUUGUUUAUCAAGUUUGGAGUGAAGAUAAAAUGGUAAUAAAUAAUUUAAAUGUGGAAGGAAGCAUCACAGCAGAACUGUAGGAAUCCAAAUUUAAUAAACUGUCUUUUAAAAAAAAA